UUGGUCUUAAAGAAACUGGAGUCCGUGAAGCCCACGCCUGGCCUAUCGCGUUCAGAACAGCUGGCGGACUACCAGCGCCUCACCGGACGUCCGGCUGCUUCAUCACGUCCCAGCUUCAGACCCAGCACUAACCGAGGGAGAUCUAGCAGUAGAACAUCUACAGCGUUUACACAUCCCAGACCAGGCAGCUCCAGAUCAUCCUUCACCAACACGAGCUCCAGCAGCACACCUGUACCUGGGUCGAAAUCACCCUAGUUCAGCCCGCCCACCUAGAGUCAAGAAGGCAUCUCUUUACCAACAUCAGAUUCAGGACUUUUGGCUGGCGACAAAAGUAACAGUGAACUGUUCGAAUAUAUUUGAAAACACAAAUUUAUUUCAAAGGCAAAAAAAAAAAACAUUUAGGUGCUUUGCUAUUUUAAGAGACGGUAUACUUACUGUGCGUGAGCCAUUUUCCUCCCAUGGCAAGUCAAGCAGGUCAAUUUGUGAGACAACAAACUGUUUUAUAGAUUAAAUCUUUAUUAAUAAAUUAAAGUUUAAGGAGCGA